AUGAAAAACUGUGGAUCCAAAGGCUCGAUAGCCUCAAUGCUACCAAUGGAGGAAAAGUGGAAAAAAUUUAAUUCAAAGUCUUCGUCAUCAUCUGAAAGUUUAAAACAACCAAGUGACGAGGAAUUGAAUGGAUUAACUGAAUUACGAUCUCUUGUUGAUUCUUCGGUAAAAUUGAAACGAUACAAUUUAUCUGAUUCGAUAUUGUUGAAAUUUCUUCGUUCUCGUAAUUCAGUUAAAGAAGCUUGUGGCCUUUUAAAAUCGUACUUUGGUCAUAUCACCAGUAAAUUAGAUCUAUUUUCAUGGGAUGAUCAAGUAGCCGAUGUGAUCCAGUCGCUCAUUUAUUAUCCAUAUCAAAAUCGUGGACCCAAUGGUGAGGUAAUAAUUGGAAUGGAGAUUGGUAAAUGGGAUUAUGGUAAAAUUAAGUUCGAGACAAUCAUUCAGGCAAGUUUGUUCAUUCAGGAAUUUCUUUUACACGAGGAAGAAUCUUGUCAACGAUCGGGAUUCAUUUUCUUAGUUGACAUGAGAAAUGUUUCUCUUCGUCACAUCUACCAAAUGGGUGUGACCAACGCCAUGUUACUGGCCACUUUAACCGAUCACUGUAUGCCCAUUAAGCCGAUCAAUAUUCACAUUUGUUUCGAGAAUCGUUUCACCAGUUUGGCCUAUUCCAUGUUCCGACCUUUUUUGUCCGAGGAGCUUAAACGACGAGUUGUUUUCCAUGGAAAUGACAUGACAACUCUUUUCAAGUAUCUACCAGCUGAUUACGUUCCUCCGAAUUGGGAUGGAGCCAAUGAAGAGCCAAAAUUAACUGAAAUAGUUGAUAAAAUAAAAAACGAAUCAAAUCAAAUUGUUAAAACUUGGGACACUUAUAGGAGCCAAAAUUGAUCACAUUGGAUAAGAAAACAAUAGAUGAUAAUUUUAUCUCUGAUUAUCAUCAGAAAUUAAAUUUACCUUUUUGUUCAUUGUUCCAACAUCAAAGUAACGAAAAGUUUAAUGGUAAAAACAAAUGUAACUCUUACAAUAUCUUCAAAUCAUUUUCCACUUACUUAUCGUUAAUCAAAAAUUCUACUAUUGAAUCUCCAACAAUUUAUACUCCAGCCAAUUUAUUGCUCAAAAUAAACUAAGAUUGUCACAAAAAGAUUAAAA